CGGAACCCUCCGCGCGGGGCCGCGUUUCCCGCCGGGCCGCGGGGCGGCGGAGCCCGGGCGAAGAUGGCGCCGGCGGCGGCGCUGGGGCUGGUGCCGGGCCCGGGGCUGCGGCGUGCCUGGCGGGAGCGGCGGCGGCUGCUGCUGGAGCCGCGCUACACGCCGCUCGUGGCCGCUUGGCUCUGCCUGGCCGAGGCGGGCGUCUGCGUGUGGGUGGUGCGCCGGGCGGCCUACACGGAGAUCGACUGGAAAGCCUACAUGGCCGAGGUGGAGGGCGUCGCCAACGGGACCCUGGACUACACGCAGCUCAAGGGCGACACGGGGCCCCUGGUCUACCCCGCCGGCUUCGUCUACAUCUUCCUGUGGCUGUACUACGUGACGGGGCGCGGCACCGACAUCCGCCUGGCGCAGCACCUCUUCGCCGGCCUCUACCUGGCCACGCUGGUGCUCGUCUUCCGCAUCUACGGCCGCACGCGGAAGGUGCCCCCCUACGUGUUCUUCUUCAUGUGCUGCGCCUCCUACCGCGUCCACUCCAUCUUCCUGCUGCGGCUCUUCAACGACCCGGUCGCCAUGGCCAUCCUCUUCGUCGCCGUCAACCUCUUCCUGGACGAGCGCUGGUCCUGGGGCUGCUUCUUCUUCAGCCUGGCUGUGUCAGUGAAGAUGAACGUGCUGCUCUUUGCUCCGGGCCUCCUCUUCCUGCUCCUGCGGCGCUUCGGCCUCGUGGGCGCCAUCCCCAAGCUGGCCAUCUGCGCGGCGCUCCAGGUGGUGCUGGGGCUACCCUUCCUGCUGGAGAACCCAGGCGGGUAUCUGAGCCGCUCCUUUGACCUGGGCCGCCAGUUCCUCUUCAAGUGGACGGUGAACUGGCGCUUCCUGCCCGAGGAGGUUUUCCAGCACCGCGCCUUUCAUGCAGCGCUGCUCACGGCCCACCUGGCCGCCCUGGCCCUGCUGGCACUGCGCCGGUGGCACAGGUCGGAGGAGAGUAUCCUGUCCCUGCUGAGGGAUCCCGCAGACAGGAAAACAUCGCUGCAGCCGCUGACACCCAAUGAGAUCGUCUUUGUGCUGUUCAGCUCCAACUUCGUGGGCGUGUGCUGCAGCCGGUCCUUGCACUAUCAGUUCUACGUUUGGUACUUCCACACCCUGCCCUAUCUGCUGUGGGGUUCCCCUGCCAAGAAGCUGGGGCACCUGCUCCGGGUUCUGGUCCUAGGCCUGAUUGAGCUCUCCUGGAACACGUACCCAUCUACGGUGUACAGCUCGGCCUCCCUGCACGCCUGCCACGGAGUCGUCCUGCUGCAGCUCUGGUACGGCCCAGCCUCCUUGCCUGAACCUUGCGGCCCCUCCAGGAGAGUCACGGCCCCCCCGAAAAAGACACAGUGAGAUGGGGGCACUGGACAAUGGGAACUGCUGGCUACUCUGCUUUGCUCUGCUCUGCCCUGCCCCGCACCUCCAGGAGCGGUGCCCCGGCUUGGACAACUACCUGCUGGCUUGGCCGGCCCCACCGGAACCAGGGCUGCUCCCACAGCUUCUCUAGGGGUUGGGGUCUCGCCAGGGUACCAGCUCUUACCUGGGAUUCCCCCAAUAAAGGUGGCAGAGCCCUG